AUGCCGGCACACCAAAUUCAACCGGAGAGUCGUUUGGAUACCGAUUUAGGGCUUGAUUCGCUCACGCGACUUGAUCUCCUGUUGGUUCUUGAAUCCAGACUCGGUGAAACAAUUCCCGAUGCACUACUCGCCAAUUUGGAGACAGUCGGUGAUGUCGUCAGGUUAAUCGAGACGUUCCCCACAGACAUUGCAAGAACAGAAGAUGAACUCCGCGAGGACGGAAAGCCUGAGAUCAGGCAAGUGCCGCGGUGGUAUGCGCGUGCCUUCCGCACCGUGAUUACCGGUAUCUAUCGGAACUAUUUUUCAUUGAAAUGUUAUGGGCUUGAGCAUAUCCCAAAGGGCAAACCCUAUAUUAUUAUGCCGAAUCACACAAGUCAUCUGGAUACAUUGACGGUGAUUACUGCUCUCGGAACGAAGGCAUACCAACUCUGGGUGCUCGCCGCCCGCGAUUAUUGGUUUGCGACGCGCUUUUCAAGGCUGGUUUGCUCGGACGUGUCUUAA